UCUUGCAACUUUUGGGGGAAAUCAGAACCUCUCUUAUUUUAGAAAUCUACGGAAAGGAAAACUAGAUCCAAGAUGCAUUCCCACCUCCACACACCCUACAAUGCCAAUUGCGAAGCAAUCAUGACGGCGUUGGACGAAUGCCACGCCAAGGGCUUCCUGCACAAGGCCCUCGGAAACUGCAACGAUAUAAAGCGCGACGUGAACAAGUGUCUGGCCGCGGAGCGGUACGAGCGGGCCAAGCGGAACCGCGAUGCGGCGAGGGAGAACCGGAAGCGAAUCGAGAAGAUCUGGGCGGAUGAGAAGGCUUUUGAGCAGGGAUUCUCGUCUACGCCUCGGGUGUUGGGGCUGAGAAGAAGGAUUAGGUUUGGUUGGUGAUGGUGGAGGGCUGUAUUGUAUGUUGAUUGAUUGCAUUGC